CCGGUGUGUGAUGUGCUCUCACCCCGCAGCAUGGAGUAAAGGAGUGAGACUGGGGAUGUGAGUGUGUGUGUGUGUGUGUGUGUGUGAGGUGAUGUAGAGGUGUUACAGACUUUGGUGGCAGCAGAACUGACUCACUGCACACUCCUGAAGUCUUUGAGAUGAAGCUGCUGGAAAGACGAGGGAGGAUGGGAGACGUGAGCCUGUGUGUGUUGUCGAUGCUGGCGUUACUCGUCAUGUACCCGGACGCUGCCGCGGCCUGUCCUCGUCCUUGCGCCUGUUACGUCCCCACUGAAGUACACUGCACCUUCCGCUCCCUCGCCCUCGUCCCCUCGGGAGUGCCGAGAUCAGUUCAGCGCAUGAAUCUCGGCUUUAACAGCAUCUCUCGACUAGACAAGGACUCUUUAGCUGAACUGAGGAAGCUGGAGCUUCUGAUGAUGCACGGAAACAACAUCCAGCAGAUCCCCGAUGGUGUUUUUCGAGACUUGAUGUCCUUGCAGGUCCUGAAAAUAAGCUACAAUAAAGUCAAAGUGAUCAUGGGUUACACUCUGUCUGGUCUUACACACCUUGUAAGACUUUACCUGGACAACAACCACAUCGAGUUCAUCCAUCCAGACGCCUUCAGAGGCAUGACGUCGCUACGUCUGCUCCAACUCGAAGGCAACCGUCUGCAGAAGCUCCAUCCGUCUUCCUUCAGCACAUUUUCGUUGCUAAAUCACUUCCCCGUUUCCACAAUAAAACACCUCUACUUGGCGGAUAAUUACCUGACGACCCUGCCCAGAGAAGUGCUGAGGAACAUGCCACAUCUGGAGAACCUUUUCCUGUACGGGAACCCCUGGACCUGUGACUGUAGGCUGGACUGGCUCCAGGACUGGAUCGCACGCCAUUCAGAUGUGAUGAAAUGCAGGAAGGACAAAGCGCAUGCCAAGGAUCAGCCGUGUCCAGCGUGUGCCUCACCACGUCAUCUGAAAGGAAAACAAAUCUCUGAACUUAAGCAUUUCCAAUGCAUGGGACCAGUCAUUAGCAGCACUCCAGUGAAGGACGUUUUACACGAGGAACACCUCAGUGAGCUCCUUUCUCUGGAUUAUUUUAAACCACCUUUUGGAAACAUCACGCUGAACCUGUCAGAUGAACACGGAAACACGGUGGACUUGACCUGCCGAGUGUUAAAGCAGAGGGAGUCUGCAGAAAUCACAUGGAACUACACAGAGUCUUUGCAGAUCAGUGCUAACAUGACCCUGUCUUUCGACCUCGAAUGCCCGAUGGACAGGGAGAAGUACACGAGUUUAUGGCGACUGCUUGCGUAUUAUAGCGAGGUUGCUCUGCACCUCCGCAGGGAGAUCAUGUUAAGCAAAGAGCCGGAGGUGAGCUACAGAUACAAACAGGACAUCGAAAGGGAUGCGUACUAUUACACCGGAGUCCGAGCUCAUGUCCUGUCUCAUCCGUCUUGGCUCAUGCAAUCGUAUGUGAAUAUUCAGCUCAACAGGCCCUAUUCCACAUCCAAGACUGUAAAGCUCAUUUUUACAACUCAGACGUCUUCCACCACAGACGCUGACCAGGCAAGAUGGCAAAAGAGAUCCUGGGUUAUGAUCAAACACAACAACGCAACCCAGACAAUGUUUAGCUCAGUCGUGGGCAGUAAAGUCGAAAUGGACUGCAGUGUGGUGAGCUCUGGCGGUCCGAGCAUUCAGUGGAUGCUGCCUGAUGGCUCUAAGGUUAAGGCAUCUUCCAGCAGCCCAAAUAACAGGCUGUCUGUGUCCAGUUUGGGAAAACUGCUUAUCAAAGCCGUGGAUCAUUCAGACUCGGGUGUGUAUUACUGUAUCGCCGAAGUUCUGGGAGAUGUAGAUAUUCUUUCUUUUCGUUUAUCGGUUUUAGAAUCCUCCAGGGCCCCCACAGACCAGGAGGUCAAGAUUGCUUUUGAGAAAUUGGUCGGGGAACCAGUUUAUUUGCCUUGCAAUUCCGUCGCAUCACCAGAUGCCGAUGUGAACUGGAUCUUUCCAGAUGGUAGUGUGAUGAACGCCAAAGCAAACUCAUCUCGAGGUUUCGUCUUCUCCAAUGGAACACUCUUUAUUCCUCACUGCAGACCUGACGAUAAUGGACAUUACAAAUGUGUGGCUCUGAAUCAACAUGGAGAGGACACUCUUUCUGCAAAGCUCACCGUUAUGAGACGGCAAAGAACACAACCUCUCAGACGGUAUCCCAUGGGGCCCCUGUCUGCCUCAGGGGUGUCUACAAAGGUAAGAGCAAUUUUUGAGGAUAUGGAGGAGUCAUCUGGUGACGACACAGGACAGAGGAGGAUUCCACCAGAUAGAGGUUUUACAAACCAAAGAAGGGGACCGCAGUCAAGGUCACAAGGCUAUCCAGUAAGGAACUUUCCAGGCCACAGGAAGCCGAUCAAUAAUGGUUUGAUAGGUCAGCGAAGGGAAGGUGCUCUUGUAAACAGAAGGAAAAUCAACAAAUCUAAGAACCAAAUAGACCCACAGAGAUGGGCUGACUUUUUAGCCAAAAUUCGUGAGAAAACUGUUUUCAAUGCCACAACACCUAGCUCUCACCCAAGCAUUGCAGGACAAACGGUUCAGACUGUAGGUCAAGAUUCUCACAGUACCAUAGAGGGAUCUUCUCCGGAUGAUUUAAGCUCACUGAAAGAAGAGCUAAACACCAUUAUCACAUUUCAGACUCAAGGCCAACCAGUCACAGCUCCUUCACACACUGAAAACCAAUUGCAUCAAAUAAAACCUACUGGAUCAGGCAGUAAGACAGCAAAUGUGACACAGGGAGAUGUGAAAACCACAGCUGCACCUUAUUUAACCACUGAGGUAAAUAUUCUGGAGGGAAACCAUGUAAAUGCCUUAACCACCAGCACGUCACACAGACAAGAAAGACAAAGAAACCAAUUGGAAAAUAACCCAGCUGCUCCCAAUUCCGUGUUAAAGAACGAGCUUGGCAUCUCCAUUAAGUCUGCUGAUGUUAAGGAAUCCUACACAAAGAGUGAAAAAGACAAUGCACAAAAGAUGCUUAGCACGUCAUCGCCAACAAGCAAAGUCGUUUCAGCUAAUGUUAUAAAACAAAGACCUUUAUCCGGUACACAUUCCAGGGCCCCUUGGAACUCAAGGAGGCGAUUUGGAAGCAGAGGACGAAUAAACCGGUUAAGAUCAAGACCAUUCUUGCCUUUAAUCACAAACAGACCACAGUUAUUUACAGCACGUACGACUACUGAAAUACACAUCCCAUCGAUCACUACAGCUGUGACUGCCACACUAACAGCCGGCACAUCAAUUUCUUCCACUGCUACAUCUAUCACUUCUUCUCAGUACCUGAAAUCCUUAACAGACAACAGUCGUAACGGCAACGAUCAAACAGAUGUCUCGCCGUUAGCCGACAAAAUCAGUCAUCCUGCUCAAGACUUGGAGACGAGUGAGUCUUCCACCAUUCGGAUGACUGAAGCAACUCUCCCACAAUAUGGUUCACACCAUGCCGUACACACUACACCACCAGCAGUGACAGUGACCACAUCCCAGAGGAGAGCUAAUAAACAUACCUCCGAAGAGACCUCGGAGAAUGUGCAGAUACUCACUACAGAGAUGGAGAUUAAUUCCUAUACUGCCUCUACAUCUCAGCCAGAGCCAGGUUAUCAAACCCUUGUAGCCACUCAAGGAGGAAUUACAACACAACUUCCGGCGCUAACAACGUCUCAGAAGUCUGUCAAUGACAGUAACGCAACAGACGUCACCCCUUACGUAUCUGAAUCACACACAGUGGAAAGUCUCAGUAAAAUGCAAAUACUCAAUUAUACGCAUAAAUCUGUCACUUUUUUAACUGCCCCAGUCAAACCACUUCCACCUCCAGAUAGCCUUCAAUAUAAAGACACUUCUCAGGCAGAAGGUUUACUACAGGAAUCGUUGUCUGAUUUUUUAACAAACCAAAGUCAAGCUGAGUUUCUAACCACAACACUUCAUACUGUUCCGGAUGAAUACGAUUCUGUUUAUCCCAUCACGACUCCAGGCCCAGCGGUGGGAGAUGAAGAGGAGCUGUUGGGUAACAUAAGCAAAACUUCUGGUAUCAUUUCAACAACCGCCUCUCCAACAACACUGCCAAGCACUAAAGCCAAGAUUCAUACCUUAAAAAAACCUCUCACAACAAUAUCAACAACAACAACCAUGACACCCCCAGUAACAACCACAGAGUCUAGCUUUAAUACUCCAAUCAUAACUACUACUUUUGCACAAACAACCUCUUUGAAACACAGAAUUCCAUUUUAUUCAAGAAACCCUCCAACUAACCACAUUCCUAAUCAGGAUCAAAGAAGAACCCUUAAUUAUAAAUACCCCAACCAAAAACUUCCAUUUAUUACUCAUCAAACCCCAUCUGGUACACAUUCAUCUGUGCAGAUCCGCACAGACUUAGUCAGUUCGACCAGAUCAAGUGCGUCACCGAAAUCUUUUACACCCCUUCCUCAAGCAACUACUACAACAACCCCAAGACCAACCACAAAGCCGCUCAGAAGGAUGGAGACAGGUGUUCUAUCCACAAACCGACACCUUGGCGAGAACGUCCCUCUUUCUGAGACACCACAUGUUCCUGUACUGAGAGCGAGGCCCAGAAUCACCACUGCUAAUCUUACCACUGUCACCGUGAACGCUGAAACAGAUGUGCAGUUUCCGUGCUAUUCCCUGGGGGAUCCUAAGCCUUUUAUUACCUGGACCAAAAUCUCCACAGGAGCAGUUAUAUCGGUAAAUACAAGAAUACAGCGAUUUGAGGUCCAACCCAGUGGAACCUUGGUAAUCCGCAACGUUCAGCUCCAGGAUCGAGGACAGUAUGCCUGCACCGCCCGGACUCAGGAUGGUAUUGAUAGGAUUGUGGUCACCUUAAUGGUUCUGGUCCAAAUGCCAAUAAUCCUGCAUCCCUGGCAGCAAGACAUGACCGUGUACUUGGGAGACCAGGUCAACCUUGACUGUCAAGGCCAUGGUUUACCACACCCUCAGAUAAGCUGGGCUCUGCCAAACAAGACAGUGGUGCGAACGGUCAGCACUAGGGAGCAGAGGGUAAUGCUGUUUAGCAACGGGACACUUCAUUUGAAGCUCACUAGCUAUCCAGACAGUGGGAUCUAUAAGUGCAUUGCCAGUAACGUGGCAGGAGCGGCAACCAUAUCAGUUCGCCUUCACGUUACAGCGCUUCCACCCAUAAUUCAGCAACAGCGACGAGAAAACCAUACCAUUUCCGAGGGUCAGACCGCAUACAUCCACUGCAGCGCUAAAGGAGCCCCGUAUCCAAUGAUCCGCUGGAUCACCUUUACUGGUGUCCAAAUACGACCUUCCCAGUUCAUCAAUGGAAAUCUGUUUGUCUUUCCCAAUGGGACGCUAUACAUCCGCAACCCGACGGAAAAAGACUCUGGAACCUAUGAGUGUGUUGCUGUGAAUGCCGUGGGUGUAGCCAAGAGAAGCGUGAGUGUCCUGGUGAUGAAAGCGUCCUCUAUUGCCAAAAUUACCUUCGCCUCACCGCAAAGAACUGACGUCAGUUAUGGUGGCCACGUGAGGUUAGACUGCAGAGCUUCGGGAAGCCCUGAACCAAAAAUCAUCUGGAAAACUCCGUCCAAAAAACUCAUCGAUGCACAUUUCAGCUUUGAUCAAAGAAUGAAGGUGUUCAGCAACGGCACUCUCACUAUUAGAUCAGUAACAGACAAAGACCAUGGAGAUUACCUCUGUUUGGCCAGAAAUAAAAUGGGAGAUGAUUCUGCUCUCCUGAAAGUGACUGUCAUGAUGAAAGCAGCCACUAUUGAGAAGAAACAGUUUAAUAACCACAAGGUUCUUUAUGGAGGAGAUCUGAAAGUGGACUGCAUUGCAUCGGGCCUCCCGAACCCUGAGAUCAAAUGGAGUCUUCCAGAUGGCACCAUGGUUAAUAGCUUCAUGCAGGCGGAUGACAACAGAGUGCGCAUGAGGAGGUACGUUGUGUUUGGCAACGGUACUCUGUAUUUCAAUGAUGUGGGGAUGAGGGAGGAGGGAGACUACACAUGCUAUGCCGAGAAUCAGAUUGGAAAGGAUGAAAUGAAGAUUCACAUCAGAGUAGUGGCAGCCGCACCAACUAUACACGACAAAACUUUUGAGGUGAUCAGAGUCUCACAUGGAGAAACAGCAUUGCUUACAUGCAGGGCAAAAGCACAGCCUUCACCAACUAUAGCAUGGCUUUCUCCAAGCAACCACAUUGUAGGCCUGCCAGGAUCAAACAAAUACCAGCUUACAACUGACGGGACACUGCAAAUCCAUAAACUACAACGAUUGGACAGCGGAAACUACACUUGCUUGGCCAAAAAUACAGCAGGUACAGACCACAAGGUGGUUAGUGUUGAGGUUCUGACUUCAGCGCCCAUCAUUAAUGGAAUAAAGAGUCCCAUGACCAUGGCUGAGGAGACCGCUGAGAAGGACCAGCGGGUUCUCCUGGACUGCAAAGCUGAAGGCACACCCUAUCCCCAAGUCAUGUGGAUAAUGCCGAAGAACGUUGUGCUUCCAGCUCCUUACUAUGGCAGCAGGAUUAUGGUUCAUCGCAACGGUACACUUGAUAUCCGCAACGUACGUCCGAGUGACUCUGCACAGCUGCUCUGCAUAGCUCGCAAUGAGGCAGGCGAGGCCAGACUGCAGGUACAGCUCCACAUUACAGAGCGUGUUGAGAAACCAAAUCUGAAAAGCUCAGCCACAGAGACUGUCCAGUUCACCAGCGGUGUCUCUGUGAUCCUUAACUGCUCCAUGGAAGGAAACCCUCGUCCUGAGAUCACCUGGUCCCUUCCCAAUGGAACAACCCUGCUCAGUGGAACUAGAAUUUUCCGCUUCAACCAUCUGCCUGACGGAACUUUGAUCAUUAGAGACCCUUCGGUUUCAGAGGCAGGGAUGUACAAAUGCGUGGGCCGUAACAGUGCAGGUUCUGUGGAACGGACAGUGACUCUAGGGACCAACCAGAAGCCUACCAUCAGCAGCAAGUACAGCUCACUGGUCAGCAUUAUCAAUGGUGAAAACCUCCGACUAGACUGUUUGUCAAGCGGCAACCCAACACCCAAGCUUACCUGGACUCUACCAAGAGGAGAAAUCCUGACCAGGCCACAGAGGACAGGACGAUACAUCAUUUUUGACAACGGUACCCUAACAGUCCAACAGGCCUCCGUAUAUGAUCGAGGAACUUACCUGUGUAAUUCUGUUAACAAACACGGCACCUCGUCCAUGUCAGUCGCAGUGAUUGUGAUUGCUUAUCCACCUCGCAUCACCACUGGACCUUCAGCAGUCACUUAUGGGAGACCUGGAGUGGCAAUCAAGCUUGACUGUUUCUCAAUUGGUAUCCCAAAGCCAGAGGUACUUUGGGAGUUUCCAGAUAAAACCCAGCUUAAGUCAGGCCCCCAUCCGCGACUUUACGGCAAUAGGUACAUCCAUCCACAAGGCACUCUGGUGAUCCAGAACCCGUCGAGCAGGGACAGCGGUUUCUACAAGUGCACCGCCAAAAAUGUGGUCGGCAACGACAGCAAAGCAACCUACGUUUAUGUGUUUUGAUACAAAAAACAUGAUAUAAGUACCUACAUGCCUUAAAGAACUGCAGUGCAGAAAAUACUGAUGAGAAUAAGUGACUCUUGUGUAGAUACAUGAUAUGUGUUUAGAUAGCUGUUUAUUUUUUUCUGCUGGGAAAUUUUUUCUUGUAAAAAGCGAAUUAACAGAAAUGGAGAUGAUUAUCAUCACAAGCUAUAAAUCAGAGCAGAUUACAAGGGAAGAGAUGCGAGCCCUUCCUGUGACGCUGGGUGAAAUCCUUUUGGCGUUUUGUUUAGACCCCUGCUUCUCAUCGUGAGCUCCAGGGACGUCCAGGUUUCUGUAAAGCAAAGCGUCCAGGUCUGGAUUUUACCCUGGUUGAUGCAGUGGUAAAAACCAUAAUUAUAGAAUUAUUAUUAUUAUUUUAUUAUUAAUCUUAACUGGAAUUAUGGGAAAUUUUAAUUAGGUAUAAUUUUAUGGGUAAAAAGUACAUUAGAAUAUAAAAGAAUAUAAAAUAACCUUGUCUGGUUUUAAAAUCCUUUUGUGCUCGUUUAAAUAAUAUGCAUACUGUUUCCUGUAGAUCGUUUGUAAGAUACUGAUGGGAUCCAUGGGUCAGUUUUAUUAAGCUAAAGUACCAGGCUUUAAACUCACUUCAGAUGUUCUAUUGUUUAAUAAUUUAUGUUUUUUUUGUGGUAAAUAUUAAGUUUUGUUCUGUUUGUACACUACGUUUCAUAGCAAAAUGUGCUGUAUUGAAUUUUCUUUAAUGUACGUCUUUAAACACAAUUUUACGAUUAUGUUUAUAGUAAUACUCACUCCUUUUAUAAUUUAUUUGUCUUUUAAAGACUGAAUAGAGUCAUGAAGCAUUGUGUGUGUGUGUGUGUGU